CCAUUCGGUCAUUUGCCCAUCUGUGACAGCCACAGUUAGACGCCUGUCAGGUCGUGGAGAGCAGAGAAGAAACAGGAUAAUAAUAAAUACAGUAGGAAGUCAUUUAUUCAGCUACAUUUUGGAGGAAAACACACUUUUGAGUGUAGAGGGAAGAAAAGUACAACUAUGAUGAAUCAAAUGGAAACAACAGUGCACUAUGAUAAUGGCUACGACGAGUAUGACUACAUGAUGCAGGAGGAAGAAUGGGACAGGGAUAUGCUGCUGGAUCCUGCUUGGGAACAACAGCAGAGAAAGACUUUCACAGCCUGGUGUAACUCUCACCUGAGAAAAGCCGGAACUCAAAUUGAAAACAUUGAAGAUGACUUCAGGAACGGACUAAAACUUAUGCUGCUUCUGGAAGUCAUCUCAGGCGAGAGGUUACCCAAGCCAGACAGAGGGAAGAUGCGGUUUCACAAGAUUGCAAACGUCAACAAAGCGCUGGAGUUCAUCACAAGUAAAGGAGUCAAACUGGUUUCUAUCGGAGCUGAAGAGAUUGUGGAUGGUAAUGUAAAGAUGACUCUUGGGAUGAUCUGGACCAUCAUUCUUCGCUUUGCCAUUCAGGAUAUUUCUGUGGAAGAAACCUCUGCCAAGGAAGGGCUUCUCCUGUGGUGUCAAAGAAAGACUGCCCCCUACAGGAAUGUCAAUGUCCAGAACUUCCAUGUCAGCUGGAAGGAUGGCCUGGCCUUCUGUGCCCUGAUUCACAGACAUAGACCCGACCUCCUCGACUUCUCUAAGCUCAACAAGGAAGAUCCUCUGGGGAACUUGAACCUGGCAUUUGACAUAGCUGAAAAACAUCUGGACAUUCCUAAAAUGCUGGAUGCAGAAGAUAUUAUCAACACCCCAAAACCUGAUGAGAGAGCCAUCAUGACCUAUGUGUCAUGCUUUUACCAUGCUUUCGCUGGAGCUGAACAGGCAGAGACGGCUGCCAACCGGAUCUGCAAAGUGCUGGGUGUAAACCAAGAGAAUGAGAAGAUGAUGGAGGAAUAUGAGAGACUGGCCAGUGAGCUCCUGGAGUGGAUUCGACGCACCACCCCUUGGCUAGAGAAUAGGACCUCAGAGAAGACCAUGUCAGAGAUGCAGCGGAAACUGGAAGACUUCAGGGAUUACAGACGUUUGCACAAACCCCCUAAAGUGCAAGAGAAGUGUCAGCUGGAAAUUAACUUCAACACCCUGCAGACCAAGUUGCGCAUCAGCAAUCGGCCUGCUUUCAUGCCCUCUGAAGGAAAGAUGGUUUCUGACAUAGCCAGUGCGUGGCAGGGCCUGGAGCAGGCAGAGAAAGGUUUUGAGGAAUGGCUUCUUACUGAGAUCCGCCGACUGGAGAGGGUGGACCACCUGGCUGAGAAGUUUCGUCAAAAAGCCACCAACCAUGAGAAUUGGGCCAGUGGUAAAGAGCUGAUCCUCUCCCAAAAGGACUAUGAAACCACCACCUUGACAGAAAUCCGAGCAUUGCUGCGAAAACACGAGGCCUUUGAGAGUGACUUGGCAGCUCACCAGGACAGAGUGGAGCAAAUUGCUGCCAUUGCUCAGGAACUAAAUGAGCUGGACUACUAUGACGUUGCUUCUGUGAACCAACGCUGCCAAAGUAUCUGUGACUUGUGGGACAAGCUGGGAACAUUGACUCAAAAAAGAAGGGAAGCACUAGAGCGCACAGAGAAGUUGUUGGAGACAAUUGAUCAGUUGUUCCUGGAGUUUGCCAAAAGGUCAGCUCCUUUCAACAACUGGAUGGAUGGAGCCAUGGAGGAUCUGCAGGACAUGUUCAUAGUUCAUACCACUGAAGAGGUUCAGAGUUUAAUUGCAGCUCAUGAGCAGUUCAAAGCCACUCUGCCUGAGGCGGAUGCAGAAAGACAGGCGAUUUUGGGAAUUCACAAUGAGGUGCAGAAAAUUUCCCAAAGCUAUGGGAUCAAGUCCAGCUUCAUUAACCCCUACAGCACCAUUGCAACGGAAGAGCUUCUUAACAAAUGGGAAAAGGUGAAGCAGCUGGUUCCUCAGAGAGAUGGUGCCCUUCAAGAGGAAAUGGCGCGCCAACAUGCCCAUGAAAGGUUGAGGCGGCAGUUUGCUGCCCAGGCUAAUCUCAUUGGACCCUGGAUUCAGGCCCGGAUGGAGGAAAUUGGCCGCUGCUCCCUGGAGAUUGGUGGAACACUGGAAGACCAGAUGACCCAGCUGAAGCAAAUUGAACAUGUCAUUAUUGCUUACAAGCCCAACAUUGAUAAGUUGGAGGGAGACCACCAGCUAAUUCAAGAGUCUCUUGUGUUUGACAACAAGCACACAAACUACACUAUGGAGCACAUCCGGGUUGGAUGGGAACUGCUCCUCACAACCAUUGCCCGAACUAUCAAUGAAAUUGAGACCCAGAUUCUAACCAGGGAUGCUAAGGGAAUCAGCCAGCAGCAAAUGAAUGAAUUCAGAUCAUCUUUCAACCACUUUGACAGGAAGAAGAAUGGAGCCAUGGAAACGGAUGACUUCAGAGCUUGUCUCAUUUCAAUGGGUUAUGACUUGGGGGAGGCAGAGUUUGCCCGUAUAAUGAUUCUGGUGGAUCCAAAUGCCACUGGAAUCGUCUCCUUCCAGUCUUUCAUCGACUUUAUGACCAGGGAGACUGCUGAUACAGACACCGCUGAACAGGUUGUGGCCUCCUUCCGGAUCCUGGCAGCUGAUAAGCCCUACAUACUCAUUGAUGAGCUGAGGAGGGAACUUCCACCUGAACAAGCAGAGUACUGCAUUAUGAGGAUGCCCCCAUACGCUGGCCCUGGAGCGCCACCUGGAGCACUAGACUAUACUGCAUUCUCUACUGCCCUCUAUGGAGAAAGUGACCUUUAAUUUGACCAGAAGACCUCCUAUCUGAGCACAUGACCCCUAUGUAGUCACUUUGUCUGCUCUGCAUCCAUUAAUAAAAUUAUAACUAAAAGAAAAGAAAAAGCUAAAAAACACUAUUAAUUCUUUCUCUCUCCAAGUAUUGGUCUUUAUGUAUGCUAAAUAAAUAAAUUGAAGCUUAAAAUUAUGUAUUCCCAUGAGGACAUUUGUGGUGCUUUAUUAGCUUAUCUUUUAAAAAGAUUAAUUACUUUCUAAAUGUCCUUUAUGCCAUUGUUUUGGAAAUAAAAUUGUCUUUCAUGGCCGUUUUAAAUUGCAGAAAGUGGAUUUCAAGGAGUUAUAAACUUUCAUUUAAAGCUGUGCUUCAAUUGGUACGUUUCCAAAAGAGCAAAUAUAUGCGGAAAAGUGGAAAACUUUAUGAAUGCAUAAGUGAAUGUUUACAGUUACUCAUUUUUUUUAAGGGGAGACAAUUAUACCAUGUUCAAAUUUGGAGAAAUCUGCAAUCAAACAUUUUCUAUUUAUCUGCAAAUAUUACAAAUGCUUACAAUUACAAAUGCUUAUGGGGGUGCCUAAAAACAAAAGUUGGAUCAAAAGUAUUUUUUGUUUGCAUCAAUAAAGUCAAAAGUUAUGUCCUGA